CAUUGGAAGCCGAGUGCGCGCUGCCCGCCUGUGCUUCUCCGCCUGGGUACCGCCAUGCACCCGACCAGGGAGAAGAUUUCGGGGCGGCGGAAAAGGCCGCCUCCUCUCCCGCUCCCAGAUACCUUCAGAAUACAUAAUCUUGAGUUCCCCAUAAGAAAUAAUUUACUAGAAAAGCUCCACGGUGAAUAUACACCAAAGAAUCAACCACAGGACCACACGCUGGAAUGGCGCAACAACCCUCACCCGCGCCAUGCCAGAUGCAUUCAGAUCAACACCAAGUAUUUACGCGAGCCGAUAUGUUAUAUGGAGACGGAAGACACAAAGACCAAGCAGGAUCACUGGUGGCCGACUUGUGAACCUAUUGGGCAUCAUCCUACACCACCUUAUGACAAGAAGAGCACUCAGAGAAGCGAUUUCCAGAAGCCAAGCUGUCUGCUGUCUCGGCCUGUUAAGCACACUAGCAAGCCUACCCGUGGUAUAGUUCCUCUUGCCUGUCCUCGGACGCCGACCAGCCUUCCGAGAAUUUUCCAAGAGCAGCUCUCCUUCAAACACCACUACGAUGCCAGAGCAACUCCCUGUGUCCCCUACCAAGGGAAGAAAUGCGGUACUUUUGUGUGGACAGAGAUAACGCCGAGGAGGGAGAGAACCCAAGUGCUGCCAUCCACUCAAGGGUCAGGUCCAUUGGAACAGCCAAAAACAGAGGAAGGAAACUCAGCAGAAAGCUGCCUGACCUCACCCUCCCUUCGCUUGCCGGAUUCCCAGGAGACACUAGACUCUGGCACUCACUUAUCAAAAACAAACGCCAGUGCCGGAGCCAAGGCAAACCCGUCAUCCUCUGAAAGGCGGCAGGAGAGUUCUGGGAUUUCUCAGUCAACCCAAGCGCAAGUUAGGUAUCCCCCUGGGGAAAUGCCUCCCAAGCCACUGAGGAAGAGAUCUCUUGAUACACUUCAGGACCAUUUGCCUCCUCUUCAUAAAACUGCAAUCGCCAGAAGAAAUUCAGACUGCUUAGAAGGGCCGUCCCAGUGAGGGGGAGCUGGCCUGCUGUAAUUGCAGCAACACCCAAGACAAACUGAUACUAGCAAAUUGUUCAAGGCAACACACUCUGCCCUUACAUAACAGCAGCUGCAAGCACGCUUUGAGAUGCCUCUAGAAAACUGGGGGCCCAUUAAAAACAACAGCACAUGAAUCUUUAAUUUUCUCCCCCCACUGGUGCAGUUGGAUUUUUAUGGGCUUAUGGAAAAUUAUCUGGAUUGCUCAUUUGCAAGGGGAGGUACUUAGUAUCAAGACUGAUUAAGAAUGUUAGGAAUGAAUAAUUAAUGAUGAUGUCAGUGAUUAAAGUGAUUCUGAUAUUUUGCUAA